UAGAAAGAACAAAUAGAAUAGAGAAAGUAUCAUUUUAACGUGUUUUGUAAUAGACACCAGUAUUCCUAAAAGCAUGCCACAACAGCAUACAACGUGCCAUACAUACUGUCUUCCUUUCUUCUUUCUCCCGCCAAAUCACCAUUGACGGUUUUCUUUUCGAAGGUCAAGGUCAAAGUCAAAGGAGAGAGAAAAUAACUAGAGAUGAGUGCGUCGUACGAGCAGAGACUGAAAGCAGCGGCGAAGAUUGUUAUGGCGGCCGACGAAACUCCGGCGUCGUUUAAUUGCGAAGAAAUCGGAGUUACGGCCACUCUUAAACCUCAUCAAAUUGACGGCGUUUUAUGGCUUAUCCGCCGUUAUCUUCUCGGCGUUAACGUUAUUCUCGGAGAUGAGGUAUGACGCCUUCUGGAAUUCUUGAGUAGCUUUUUGUCACUACUCUUACCUGUUUAUUGAUGAAUGUAAUGGAAGUGAAAGUAAGAUGUACGCAUCACCAUGAUGCAAAGCAUCUUGAAGGAAAUUGAUAUGUCUGAUUCUCUUUUCUUGCACUGAAAUGAAAUAUUGGCAGAUGGGAUUAGGAAAGACUUUGCAAGCCAUCGCUUUCCUGUGCUACUUGAAGUUUUGUAGAAGACUGCCAGGGCCGUUCUUGGUCCUGUGCCCUUUAAGUGUGAUAGACGGCUGGGUGUCAGAAAUAGGGAAAUUUGCUUCUAAGUUGAGGGUUCUUAGGUAUGUUGGUGAAAAAGAGCACAGGCGUAUCUUAAGGAAGACAAUGUAUGAGCAUGUUCAAGCACGGUCUUCAUCUUCUGAUGUGUCAUUGUUACCCUUUGAUGUGCUUUUGACAACAUAUGAUAUUGCACUCAUUGACCAAGACUUCCUCUCACAAUUUCAAUGGCAUUACACUGUGAUUGAUGAAGCUCAAAGGCUUAAGAAUCCUUCAAGUGUUCUGUAUGGUGUGCUCAGAGAGAGAUAUGUUAUGCCAAGACGCUUGCUGAUGACAGGCACACCCAUCCAAAACAAUCUUUCUGAACUAUGGGCAUUAAUGCAUUUCUGUAUGCCUUCUGUUUUUGGAACAUUGGAGCAGUUCCUUCACACAUUUAAGGCUGUUGGAGAUGCUUCCGCUGGUCAUGAUGGUGCCGCAGUGAAGGAGAGCAUCAACACUUUGAAGUGCUUACUUGGCGCGUUUAUGCUUCGCAGGACAAAAUCUAAGCUUGUUGAAUGUGGAACUCUUGUCUUGCCUCCUCUUACUGAGAUUACAGUGAUGGUGCCACUUGUAGCCUUGCAGAAGAGUGUUUACACAUCAAUUUUGAGGAAAGAGCUCCCUAGACUUCUUGCAUUGGCUUCUGGAACAUCGAAUGUCCAAUCGUUGCAAAAUGUUGUAGUCCAGCUCCGCAAGGCAUGUAGCCACCCUUAUCUCUUUCCUGGCAUUGAACCUGAACCGUAUGAAGAGGGCGAACACCUUGUCCAGGCUAGUGGUAAACUUAUGGUAUUGGAUCAACUUCUUCAAAAGCUGCACGAAUCUGGGCACCGUGUUCUUUUGUUUGCUCAGAUGACCCAGACCCUUGAUAUCUUACAGGAUUAUUUGGAGUUACGUCGUUACUCUUAUGAGCGCCUUGAUGGUUCAGUUCGAGCAGAAGAGCGUUUUGCUGCAAUAAGAAAUUUCAGUGUUUCGACCUCUGGGAAUCUGAACUCUGAAUCCAGUGAACAAGGUGCUUUUGUCUUUUUGAUAUCUACAAGAGCUGGUGGAGUAGGUUUGAAUCUCAUGGCUGCUGACACUGUUGUAUUUUAUGAGCAAGAUUGGAAUCCUCAGGUUGAUAGACAAGCGCUGCAGCGUGCACAUCGGAUUGGUCAGAUGAACCACGUGCUAUCGAUAAAUCUUGUAACAGGGCGCAGUAUUGAGGAGGUCAUUAUGCAGCGAGCACAAAAGAAGCUACAACUUAGUCAUAAUAUUAUUGAUGAUGAAGAUUCAGAGCAUGUUGGGAAAGAAUUCUCAGGGGCUAGACCUGGAGACCUGAAGUCUAUGAUAUAUGGCUUACGUUUAUUUGAUGCCGAAGAGAGUAGUAAAGAAAAGUCAAGUGAGCCAAAGUUGUCAGAACUGAACACAAUGGCUGCCGAGGUGCUCGCCAAGCGCAUUGAGAAGAAAUCUGAUGAGGAUACAGAGAAGUUAGUACUGAGUCCACUUAGUCUAAGUGGCAAUGAUUUUGGGAUGGAAAGGGCUGCUGCCACCAUUGAUGUUGACCCUGGCCUUGAUGAAGCUUCAUAUCGUUCCUGGGUUGAAAAUUUUAAGGAAGUAGCAGAAUCAACUGAUAAAACUCCCUUGGAAUUGGAGAGUAGGAGAGUGACAUCCGAGGAAAAAAUUCGAAGGCUUGAAGCUGCAAGAAAGAAAGCAGAGGAAAAAAAGUUGGCCAAGUGGCAAACGCUUGGAUACCAAUCACUUUCUGUCCCUGAUCCGAUCCUGCCAGAUUCUGAUUUGAUGUCAGAUCAUGGUGCUGUAAACUUUGUUUUUGGAGAUUGUACAAAUCCAUCUGAUGUGUGCCCCUCUGAGCCAACCAUUAUAUUCAGCUGCGUUGACGAUUCUGGAAACUGGGGACGUGGUGGAAUGUUUGACUCCUUGUCCAGGCUCUCCAGUCAAGUUCCGGAGGCAUAUGAACGUGCAUCUGAAUGCGGGGACCUUCAUCUCGGAGAUCUACAUCUAAUACAAGUAGAGGUUGGCAUGCAGAUGCCCGAGACGAGCAUCUCAAAGAUGGUGGGAUGCCUCGAUGGGUUGCCUUGGCUGUGGUUCAGUCAUAUAAUUCCAGGCGUAAAGUUCCACGCAGCAGUGUCUCUACAAGUGAUUUGGAACUCUGCUUAUCAAAAGCAUCAUAUGUUGCUGCCCAAAAAUCUGCCUCGAUCCACAUGCCACGCGUUGGGUAUCAAGAUGGAUCAGAUCGAGCAAUUUGGUAUUCUACCGAGCGUCUCUUGCGAAAAUAUUCUUCCAUCUUUGGUGUUAAGAUAUACGUGUAUUAUUACAGGAAAUCUUCAAGACAGUGAAACAUUGUGUCCUAAAUAUUGGGUGUUAAGUAGAGAUGAACAGACAUAGUGCUCAAUCGAAUUCCUGAAAAGUACAGUCUGAGUUUUCCUUUGGUACCUUUUAUCCGUAAAAUUAUGCUUCAGAACAUCUGCAAUAGUUUUCCCUCUCUUUUUUUUUUUUUUAAUUCUUUCUUUCCUUUUCCUUUUCCUUUUGUGUUUGUGUGUUACUGUGAGAAGCCUUUUAUCUAUGUUUUCUAGAACUUGUAUUCCUAAAAACAUAUGUGAAUUUCAACAAUUUUAAGCAAUACAAAGUAUUCACGUCA